CUAGGCUCUGCCCCACAACUGACCCUACAGCUGUAUAUUACCGUCUUGCAGCAGAACAUCACUACUGGAAGAAAGCUCAGUGGAUACCAGUGACAUCAUAAAGUCUGUGUUGUAACAGAAACCUGUCCUGAAGAGUUAAAUACAUGCGUAGUUCAGAGGGUUGGUUAUUGUGGCCAGAAGAGCCGUGGAGUUCAGCCAGUCUCUUCAAACAAGCACCAUGGCUAGAAGAAGAUCCAGAGGAAACAUCUCCUGCAAAGGCAACACCUCCUGCAGAAACAAAAUCUCCAGCAGACGCAACAUCUCCCGCUCCACCAGAGCAGAGCUUCAAUUUCCUGUUAGCCGGGUAGACCGCUACCUGCGAGAGGGCAAGUAUUCCCGCCGCCUGAGCUCUUCUGCACCAGUAUUCCUAGCCAGUGUGCUCGAGUACAUUGCAUCUAACAUCCUUGAUCUGGCUGGCGAGGAGGCCCACACCAACGGCAGGAAGCGCAUCACCCCAGAACACGUGUAUCAAGUGGUAGAGAACAACGAGCAGCUCCACCAACUCUUCGGAGACCCCAGAUCUGUGGAUGAAGAGGCGUCAGAACUCAAUGAGAACUAAUGGUGCCUAGGUCUCAGUGGUUGGAGGGUCUACCACCCCUUCAACCUCAGCCAGUCACAAUGUUGUUCUAGCUGGGGGAACUAA